AUGGACAUCAUCAAGGUUUACGGGUUCCCCAUGAAUGAGGUCUGGAUGGUUCAAGAGGGCGUCAGACUGGGAUUCUCCAACCCAGAAGACGACAUCUAUGGGAGAAGCCUGGACGUCGGGCCUGUCUUUGAUUCGAUCAAGCGGCGCAGUGGCAUCCAAGAGCUCCACAUGAACUGCGUUUGGGUCGGUGACGGACUCAGCAUACUUUUCUGGCACCUUCCAUUCGAGAGGUGGAAGCCACCCCGCACCCCGACAUUGGAGCGUCGUCUGGAAGAGUUCCUUCAGCUGGCAAACCUGCCUUCAAUGAAACCCGCCGUGUAUGCCUCAAUAGACGGAGACUUGCCGGGGGUUCUGCGAGGGUUGGAACAAGCGCCACCUUGGAUAGAAAAGAUGAGAUUAGAGAGCUCUCCACUGUAUCGGCCGCCCAAUUAUCAUGUUUUUACAAAGCUAGAAAGACACCCCGCGCGUGCUACUACUGCAGACGUCCAAAAGUGGUUUUCUGGACCCACAAAGUAG